AUGGCUUUACAUUCCAACUAUGAUAAUAGUCGUACAUCGUUUCCGAUAUAUUUUGGUCGACAAACGAAAUUUGGUGACACUGUCUCAACACCAUUGAAAAUGAUCAAAUUACAAGUCGAACAACAAGUAGAUGCAAAAUUCCCACUUAUACAUCAAGUAGCAACAACAAUAACAUUUAAAAAUGAUCAUAAUCGAAUAUUAGAAGGAGUUUUAGAAUUUACUCUACCUGAAGCAGCAACCAUAUGUCUUGAUGUUGAUGAUAUCCUGGUUGAUGGUGUUGUUGUUGAAAAAGAAGUUCGAAAGGGUGUCGAUUCUGGUUUAGUCGAGAUGGUGAAAGGAAAUACAUUUCGUACAAGAGUUUAUCCAAUGCCACCUGGAAGUAUACGAAUUGUGCGUAUCAUUUAUCAAGAUCAAGCACAAAUGAAAAAUGAUCGCUUUCUAUUCCAUAUUCCUAUCUACUUUAAUACUAUUCUAGAAAAUUUGGAUAUUUCAUUAAUUUGUAUGCAUGUAUCGAACGAUUACCAACCACAGUUUCUAUCUAAUAUUAAAUUUCAACAACCUUUCGUGAAUUCAAAUGGAAGAUAUUGUGCCGAAUUUCAUCAAGUCAACGUGAAACCGAUGCAAGAUGAACAAUCUAUUACAUAUAUACUAAAACAUCUAACACCAGAACAACUUAUUCAUAGCGUAGAAAUCGAUCCUGAUGAUCGUAAUCAAGCCUAUUUUGCUCUAUGCUAUAUGCAAGAAAUCUGUUUUUCAUGUAGAAUCACGAUUUCCGAGCACUCUCAGCAGAGAGAUGUGUUGACGUGUGUGAUAAAGAUUUCCGUGCACCCUCAGGGAAGGACGCGCGUGUAUAUAUCUAUUUAUCUGAAAUCUCGAAAAUUCGAGUAACAUAAAUCGAUUCACACGAUUUUCUCUCAUAGAGACUUUUUUUCAAAUAACUUUGUUUUUAUUUUUCAUGGGAAUGCUUCAUUUGAGUAGAAGUAAAAAUAUGUUUAACUGUAGUCAAUUGAUAUGAUGUUUCUUCAAAAGAUACUUUGAUGAUUUCUAUGAUACAUUUGUAUCCUUGUUUAUUCUGUUCUGUAAGUUUGUCAGUUAACUCUGAUCUGUUUCUAGAGACUAACAUAGAAGAGAUGAAAGUGUUUAUUUAUAUGGUAGAUCGAAUUGAUUGUUUACAUAAAUACUAUGAUGAUUCAGGGAUUGUCACUUAUUUCUGUAUAAUUUUAUCUGAUGAACUAAGAAAUACAAGGAUUGAAAUUUGAAAAGAUAUCAAAGAAAGAAGAUUUAACGGCAUAAGUUUACUUUAUGUAAACACCUUGGCUUUUGCGACUUUUGAGUGUGA